AGCCGCCGCUCCCUUCCGGCGGAGGCGUUUUGGCGCGCGGAGCCCCAGGCCGGCCGGGCCGGUCCCGCCAUGUCCCGCCCGGCGCCGCCGCCCGCCGAGCCCGGCGCCGCCAUCGAGCGGCUCUGCCAGGACCUCAACCUGGACGCGGUCAGCGCCGCCGAGGCGCUGCGGGACUUCACGGCGCUGCGGGGCACGUACAGCCUGGAGGGCGAGGCGCUGCACUGGCUGGCCUGUGCCCUGUACGUCGCCUGCCGCAAGAGCCGGGUGCCCACGGUGGGCAGUGGGCUGAUGGAGGGGAAUGGCGUGUCCCUCACCAGGAUCCUGCGCUCCGCCAGACUCAGUUUAAUUCAGUUUUUUAGCAAAAUGAAGAAGUGGAUGGACAUGUCAAAUCUACCACAGGAAUUCCGAGAGCGAGUGGAGAGGCUGGAGAGAAAUUUUGAAGUGUCGACUGUGAUUUUCAAAAAGUUUGAACCGAUAUUUUUGGAUAUAUUUCAAAACCCUUACGAAGAAACUUCUAAACCACUGCGAAGCAGGAAACAGAGACGGGUGCCCUGCGGUGCUAAAGAUCUCUUCAACUUCUGCUGGACGCUCUUUGUGUACACUAAGGGUAAUUUCCGUAUGAUCGGAGAUGAUUUAGUAAAUUCCUAUCAUUUGCUUCUGUGCUGCUUGGACCUGAUUUUUGCAAAUGCCCUUUUGUGUCCAAAUAGAAGAGAUUUGCUAAAUCCAUCAUUUAAAGGAUUACCAGUGGGUUUCCACGCCACAGAGAUCAAAGCCUCUGCAGACGCUCCGUGCAUCAUUGCGGCGCUGUGCGAGCUGCACGACGGGCUUUUAGUAGAAGCAAAAGGAAUAAAGGAGCACUACUUUAAACCAUACAUUGCAAAACUGUUUGAUAGGAAGAUCUUAAAAGGAGAAUGUCUGUUGGAUCUUUGCAAUUUUACAGAAAAUAACAAAGCACUGAAUAAAGAGUAUGAGGAGUACGUUCUGACAGUGGGUGACUUCGACGAGCGAGUUUUCCUGGGAGCUGAUGCUGAGGAAGAAAUUGGCACUCCUCGGAAGUUCCCUGCAGAUGUGCCGGUAGGGAAGCCGGCAGCCAGGGCUCACGUGGAGUGUCAUCUGCAGCAGCACUUCGAAAAGAAAAGGUCGUUUGCACCUUCAACCCCGCUGACGGGCAGGAGAUACCUCCGAGAGAAGGAAGCCGUCAUCACUCCUGUCGCCUCAGCAACACAAAGCGUGAGCCGGCUGCAGAACAUGGUGGCCGGAUUGAAAAAUGCACCGAGUGAACAACUUAUCGCUAUUUUUGAGUCGUGUGCCCGCAGCCCUGUGGGAAGCGUCAUGAGCAGAGUGAAAGAAAUAGGCGAGACGUUCUGUCGCAGCUACACCCAGUCAACAGCUGAGCAGCCGGGAUCUCACAUCGAUUUUGCUGUAAACAGAUUUAAGCUGGCGGAGAUCCUGUACUAUAAAAUCCUGGAGACUAUAAUGGUGCAAGAAACACGAAGACUGCACGGGAAGGAUCUGACUGCGCUGCUGGAGCAGGACGUCUUCCACCGCUCCCUCAUGGCGUGCUGCCUGGAGAUCGUGCUCUUCGCAUACAGCUCCCCGCGUACCUUCCCCUGGAUCAUCGAAGUUCUCGACCUCAGGCCGUUCCAUUUCUAUAAGGUAAUUGAAGUCCUGAUUCGGUCUGAGGAAGGACUCUCCAGAGACAUGGUGAAGCACCUCAACAGCAUCGAGGAACAAAUUCUCGAGAGUCUUGCCUGGACGCGGGACUCGGCCCUCUGGAGUGCGCUCCAGGCCUCGGAAAACAAGGUGCCAACCUGUGAAGAAGUGAUAUUUCCCAGUAAUUUUGAAGCAAGCAAUGGAGGAGUUGGGCUUGGGCAUUUGCCUAUGAUGCCAAUAUCUCCUAUAAUUCAUCCUCGAGUAAAAGAGGUUCGGACAGAUCUCAGUGGGAGUUUAAGGCGGGACGUGCAGCCGUUGUCACCCAUCUCCGUUCACGAGCGCUACAGUUCUCCUACCGCUGGAAGUGCGAAGAGGAGGCUCUUUGGGGACGACAGCCCCAAGGAAAUGCAGAUGGAAAAAAUCCUGACUGAAGGAACGAAGUUGACAAUUUCUCCGGCAUCAAGCAUCGCUGCUGAAAAUAUGUCCGUUUCUCCUGGCCAGACAGUACUGACCAUGACAACAGCUACGGUACCAGGGAAAAUGGGACAGAAGGUCACUGUCCCGCUGCAUGGUAUUGCCAGUGACAUGGGGGGGAUCACACUGAUCCCCAUCUCCAUGAACUUCGGUCAGCCCUGUAAGGUGGAGGUGCAGGUGAACCAGGCACCAGAACUGCACCUGUCAGCAGCAAGCAAGCCAAGGAGGACGGGAUCCCUGGCACUGUUCUACAGAAAGGUCUAUCAUCUGGCCAGCGUGCGCCUGCGUGACCUGUGCUUGAAACUGGACGUUUCCAAUGACUUGCGCAGGAAGAUAUGGACGUGCUUUGAAUUCACGCUGGUUCACUGUGCUGAUCUAAUGAAGGACAGGCAUUUGGACCAGCUCCUCCUCUGCGCCUUUUAUAUCAUGGCAAAGGUGACCAAAGAGGAAAGAACGUUUCAGGACAUAAUGAAAAGUUACAGAAAUCAGCCACAAGCCAAUAGCCACGUUUACAGGAGCGUCUUGUUGAAAAGUGUUUCUGCGGAUGCCCAGCUGGACAAAAAUGCAAAGCAAGAUGUGGAGAUGAGAGAAGAGUCGCCUGUGGAAACCGGCGGUUCCUCGGGACAAUCCGCAGCAGAGAGCUCGAGUGAGUCGGAAACAGAGGAGAGAGGAGAUCUGAUUAAAUUUUACAACGCAGUCUAUGUAGCAAGAGUAAAAUCAUUUGCCCUGAAGUACGAUGUCACAAACCAGGAUCACGUAUCACUGCUCUUAGAUUCCCUCUGCUGGGGCUCCCGUCCCGACGUGUCCCCGUUGCAGGUGGACGCGCCCCCCUUGUCUCCGUUCCCGCACAUCAAGCAGCAGGCGGGGUCUCCUCGGCGCAUCUCGCAGCAGCACUCGCUCUACGUGUCGCCCCACAAGAACGGCGCCUGCCUGACGCCCCGCUCCGCGCUCAUGUAUAAAUUCAGCGGGAGCCCUUCCAAGAGUUUGAAGGACAUCAACAACAUGAUCAAACAAGGUGAACACAGGAGUAAGAAACGAGCAAUAACGAUUGAUAGUGACACUGAAUCCCCCACAAAGCGACUCUGCCAGGAAAAUGAUGAUGUUCUACUUAAACGUCUCCAGGAUGUUGUCAGCGAAAGAGCAAAUCAUUAAAACCGCUGGGUUUCUAUGGGGUCUGCAAGCUCUGGAGUUGGAUACAACUGUUGUGCUAUUUAUUUCUUGCUUUUACAGACAACUGCCAAGAAUCUCUAACAACUCUCACCUGAGGAUGCAGAAAGCAAGAGCUAAGUAGUAAAUGCUGGAGGAUGAGAAGUGGUGAUGAUCCGUGUUCCCAAAGGCCUUGCUGUGUUACAGGUUACUCUGUUUGAGCUGUUUUAGCAAAGCAGUGACCUGUAGAAAGCCAUAUUGGAUGUUCUUGAGCCUAAUUUAGAGCAUCAUGAGUUCUGAGUGUAACUCAGCUUCUCAUAACACUGGUUUUACUUUCAUAAUAGGAAUGACAAGGAAAUGAGUGAAGCCAGUGACAUUUCCUCAAGCUUUUGGUAUUUGGGGAAGAAACUUUGAAAGUGCCUUAUUUUAAAAGAAUGUGGAGUUUUAUGUAUUAUUUUGCUGUGGGGUAACUGGAGUGGAGAUCAAGUUGUUCCUUCAGCCUCGGGAAGAGCUGAGCGGUUUAGAACGCUGUGAUUUGUGCCGCGCUCCGUCUCUGGUCACAACCCCUAAAGGUGCAUGUUACGAGGUGGAUCAGACGGCUUUUGCAGUAACAAAGUCAAUAAUCAAAAAUACAAAUGGCAGGGACUAAAACUGCACCCGCGUCCGAUAAAGCCCUGAGGCUCCGCUCAGCGGGUCCCGGUCCCGUUUCCGCCCCUGGGAGCCGCAGCAGGACAGCAGGACAGCCCCGCGCUGGACGCUGCUCGUACCCAGGACGAGCUGGUUCCAGCUCAAAACCAGCUGGUACUUCGGCCAUCCGACAGCUCUUCACACGCACAAAUCCAUUGAACAAGUUGUAUCUCUAUUUUAUUUUUUCCCGAAGGUCUUAGCCUCUUGUGUAGUAUCUACACUGAAUGUAAGCCCAUCAGAUAAGGCGUUUUUGUAUAUAUAUGGGGUUUUAUAGCUGUUAAAGGAAAUGGAAACGUGUACAUUCCAGCAUGCAGUUCUUGUAAUGAAGUUUUUAGCGCGGAGAAAUUUGGUAGGGUCAAAAGUUUAUUGAUUACUGUAAUUCAGUAGCUUGGUCUUAUUUCAUAAUUGCAUUUAAGAUUAGAGCCACAGAGAAACUUCUUGCACUGUAUUCUUCAGUUUAAUGUGUAUGUUGAACUGAAGAAAGAGUCUGAACGGUUACAAGGGACCGUUGAGUGCACGGUUUGGUUUGUUCGGUGUGUGCUGCGGGAUGUGCUGUCCCAAGGCCGGGAAGAGCGCCGCGCUGGCUCCGGGCAGCCCCAGCGAAUGGGCCUGGCCAGCGACGACGGGGAAAUGCGUAUUUCAAAGUGCGCGUGUGCAGGGACCCUACUCAGCGGUGAGUAGGAAGUUUACAAACGCAAUCAUUUGGUUUUGAAUCAUUAACUACUUCAAUAUAUAUAUUUUUAAGGUGUUACUUCUGAAAGGCCCGACUGCAGCGCGCUGCGGUGUGAGCAGACGGCCGUGCGGUGCGCUGGGUUUCAUGCAGAUUCUGCUGUUCGCUUCCUCUUACUUUAUUCCAUUUUUACUAUUUGUCUUCAGAUCUUGAGAUAAAAAGCACAGGAGGAACACCCUUUGUGUCCUGUUCAUCAGCGCUGUCACAAAUAUCGGUUCAGCUCGUGUGCUCCGGUCGCUCAAGGGCUCCUGCGCGGUGGGGAAAUGGGGAAUCUUGCUGCAGCUCUGGGCAGAGUGUUUGUUUGCGAGGGGAAUUGCAGCAUCGUACCCGCAGCUUCACAGCCCGAGUCCAGCAAUAUUGUCUGAGCAGAGUUUAGCUCAUUUGGUUUAAUUCAACAUCCCGCGCGGGUCUCUCCUCACCACCCUGUUACUGCGUUCUCUGAAACUGUAGGAAACUGAUGGUGCUAAAAUCCUCAUUGUCGUUAGGUGUAGUGUUUUUUCACUAGAAAAAGGGACGUACUGCAACUGGACGUAGCGCAGAUUUUUUUCACCUUUUUAUAGAAAAUAUAUUUUUGGACUUUCUGAACAGUUAAAGUUUAUAUGAAAAUUUUGUAACGGUUUCAAAGUGCCUUCACCUGUAAAUAUGUAUUUUAUAACGAACAAUUAAAGUAUUUUAACCCGC